CUGCAAACAACUUUAACAUGAAAUCGCGAGACUUGCAAAUAUCGCGAGUAGCAACACAGCUGGCAUCGAUUCCUUAAAGUCGGACUGUGACACCAUACCAUCGACCGAUGACUUCUUGAGCUCGACUCAUUGCCCGGUCCGCUCGUAAGCGUUUUGUGACAGCAGUCUCGUCGGCUCCCGUAUUAGAAUCUCCCACCAAAAAAAACAUCGAACAAGGGCCGAGGGCCCUAGUGUUGUGAACAAAGAUCUGCCAUCCUGCCACGUGGCAGAAACGCCAUUUGCCUCGAGUUUGCUUCCCAAAUCCCCCUCUCGAAAAUCAGCAAUUCUUUCAAAGUCGGUCAUGGUUGCACCCUCCAAUUCUUCGGCCGUGGCAGUUUAUUGUGCUGCGUCACUCGGGAAGCAGAAUGCUUUCCAGUUGGCUGCGCUAUCAUUGGGCCAUGCUCUGGCUGAGGCAAAAAGACCCCUUGUCUAUGGCGGUGGUAACAUGGGCCUCAUGGGCGUUGUAUCAGGUGCCGUCGCAGAUGAGGGCGGCCAAGUUACUGGCAUUAUUCCAUAUGCCAUCCAUGCCGCAGGCGGCGAAAAAGAUAAGGGCAAUGGUAUUGCAAAGACUGAAUCUGUUGCUGAAGUCCUCGAUGAGGACCGGCGAGUACAUAUAGAGACGAUUAUUGUCGAUUCGAUGCAUGAGCGCAAGAUCGAGAUGGCGAAGCGUGUUGGUGCUUUUGUGGGGUUGCCAGGAGGAUACGGCACUUUUGAAGAGAUUCUUGAAGUUAUAACUUGGAACCAACUCAACAUUCACAACAAACCCGUAAUAUUACUCAAUGUUCUGUCCUACUACAACCCCCUUCGUGAACUUAUCCGGAAUGGUGUGCGGGAGGGGUUUAUCCAGCCGCACAACGAGAAGCUAUGUGUUUUCGUCGACGGACCUACGGACCAUAAAGAUCAUGAAUCUUUCAACUGGGGGCAGGCCGCGCUGGAUGCAAUUGCUGCAUGGCAACACGACCAAGUACGGACAUUGCCCUUCCACUGGACGAAGGACAUCGACUCCAGUGCAAUGCCCAAUGGCAAAGCUAACAUCAAAGAUAUGGACGGAAUUUUCGGUGGAUUACUCAGCCUACGAAGUGUCAACGCGUGGUUGAAGAGGGUCUGGCAUGCUCACUCCCGUUCAUGUUGAUCAUGGCGUAGGUUGGCAGACUUGCACGUAUUCGUUAUCAUAUUUACCGCCGUUAAUGCCCAGGACUCUAGCAUACAUUCUUUACAUAGAAUUUCACUUGUACAAGUAGUUCCGAGUCGCGGCGUCUGUGAUUGCUUGCCGAGGUUUUUCUUGCUCGAUUCAGUAUGACUACGUCGGUUAUUAAUUACUCGUGCCCGAUAGGUCAUUUCACAGCCAAGUCCAGUACUGCCAGUCCGCGAUUGGUAUACCACUGACUAAACAGACAGACAAGUUAUUUAAUGAUACAUACAACGCAAUUGCCAAAAGUUAGUUAUGUAGUUGCCUGAGAAUGUUAACCUGAUCGUUUUUGCACUCAA